UUACGGGCUUGGUAUCUCAGCGGGGUGCGGAGGUGUAUAGGUAAAAAUUGGCAUGGCCGUCCAUGGCUGAAAGAUGAAAAUAUACAAAUCUGAUAAGGGAAUACAUAAUUGAAGUGCUGAUAAAUAAACAACCUCGCUUUCCGUAAAACGAGUGAUGAUAUUUUUAGUGAAGUAAUGUAAGUUAGAAUAGAAAAUGAGGAAAAAGUAUUCUCCAAGAACGAAAAAGUUAAUUUGAAACGUGUGAUAAUGUAGAUGAGAACUGAAAGUUUGUUUUCAAAAAGUGUUUAGAAACAGUAUUCAUCAUGUCUUUCUUCAACAAUAUUAAAAAGGUGCUCCAUUUUGGAGGCAAUGAUGCUAAAAAGAAGAAAGUAUAUAAUAACGUCCGUAUGGACUGUGAUCCUGAGGAAUUUUGGGAUAUGAUCGGGGAACUUGGAGAUGGUGCUUAUGGUAAAGUUUACAAAGCUCAACAUAAGCACACUGGAGAAUUAGCUGCAGCCAAGAUGUGUCGACUGGAUGGUGAAGAUGAUCUUUCGGACUUCAUGAUUGAAAUUGAUAUUCUUUCUGAAAUAAAGCAUACGAACAUUGUGGAACUUCAUGAAGCAUUUCAGAAAGAACAACAGUUGUGGCUAUUAAUUGAAUAUUGUGAUGGUGGUGCUUUAGAUAGUAUAAUGACUGAGUUAGAAAAACCUUUAAAUGAACCCCAGAUUGCCUAUGUGUGCCAAAAUAUGUGCAAGGGACUACAGUUUUUACAUAAAUCUCAUGUUAUUCAUAGAGACUUGAAGGCUGGAAACGUGCUCCUAACUAUGUCCGGUGGCGUCAAGUUAGGAGUUUGUCUUUACCACAUCAGGCUGAAGGAGUUAGCCUGGGGCACUGACUAUUGGGCUCAGUGGCAGAGCCUUAGGCUCGCCUACCUACCAUCUGGCCCCGCUCCUCCAGCCUCAUGUGAAAAGACAAACUCUUAUAUCAAUGAUUCGACAGACUUAGUUAGUAAAAUUAGGAACUUUACUCUGGAGCCCACAG